AGCUUCCCUCAUACUCAUUUCAUUUUAGUGUACGGAUUCUCAAUGCACAUUGGAUAUUGGACUCUGUAUUUUAGAUGUAGAGAGAGAGAGCGUGUGGAGAAUCCCGCCGGAUCAGCAGAGAUUUGAUCUCCCGGAGGCAACUUGAAGACAGUCGGACCCUUGCCUACUACAACAUCUAAAAAGGAUUCAAACAAAGUCUACUCUGCAUCUGCUGUUGAGGCUCCGUGGUGGAAUCUCUCUAGGCUUCAGAGCUUUGAACCAUGAGAGGAAGUAAUCAAGAUGUCAUUGAUGCACAUUUUGCUGACAAAACGUAAUAUGACGGUUAAGUGAAUAAUACACAUGUUUACCUUUACAUGUCUAAUGCACGGACUUGCUAAUCCAAAUUUCACUGCUUCAUAUUCUAACAACUUGGCUUAGAGAAUAAUGUGCAAUAAUAAUUUUAGUAUUUAGUUCAAUAUAACUUCCAUAUUCUGAUAUGAGUUUUUGUUCACUUAAUUAGUUAUUUUCUCUGCAGACCCAUUCUAUUUCAACUCUGCCAUGUUCGUAAGUGUAUUGUGUAAGAGCUCAGUAUGUUUUUCAUUUUAUUAUAAAAUAUAAUUUCAUCAUAUUUAUAUACUGAGCAUAUUCAUAUGAAAGAGGUCAAUUUUAAUACACUGAGUGUUUUUUGAAGCCCGUGCUAAUGAUAAUAUGUUUAUGAACAUGAUCUUCAUGAUCUUUAUGUUGUGUGUUUAUUCCUAUUUGCAGGCUAACAUAGAAAACCAAGUUCUUGAUUUAUAUACAAUUGUUCAUUCUGUUAACUUUAUAUGGUCCACCGUAGCAAAAUGGGGACAGGAAAAGAAGAUGGGCCAUGACAAACCAGGUAACAUUUUUUAUUCGGUGUUCGAUUGAAUAAAUUAAAGAUUUUUUGAGGGUUUUCUAUAAGUAAUCCAGUGUCUUGGAAGCAUGAUACCCUGAAAGUAUGUUUAGAAUUUUAAAUUGGAAGCAUGAUUGAAUUCUUUGUUCUUUUUUCUUAAUUUUUUUCAAUAUUUAAAGCUAAAGCUUUUGUUUAUUGUAUUGUCAACUUCAAACAAUGUGGAUGAUAUGGUAAUUGUGUUCCCUUUGAUUCAUAAAUGGAUUUAGCAAAUAUAAGUAUAUUUGUUUAAAAAAGGCAACAUUUAAGUUUCAUCAUCUUCACCUUCAAUGUUGCUCAAGUUUCAGUGAGUAUUCCAUGAACGUUGGCUUCUUUUAAGUUUCUAAUUUUGAUAGUUUUUCUUUAAGUAAUGCAAUGCAUUUAUGUUCCAGAUUAUAAUUAAAGAUUUGCGAGUUUUCACUAUAAAUGAAAGUCUAUUCAUAGAGUUGUUCUUUAAUGAUGAUCAUUUUAAGCGAAACUGAAAUUUUUGAGUGUUCUGUAGAUUAGAAAAGCAUGUCAAUGUCAAGUAAUGAGAAAGGUAUGUUUACUCAACUCUAAUGGAUUAAUUUUUAAGUAAACACUCAUUUUUUCAUUAGUUCAUUUUAUUAUUCGUAGGACAUAAAUGGCCAUAACCAUCUCAUGAUUCCUUCAUUGUAUUCGUUUUAAGUUAUUACAAUGUUGUUAACCUUUGGUAAAACGAUACUAGAAAGGUAUCUUUUUUAGUGACUCAAUGAAGGUGGAAUAACUUAAAUCUUUUUUCAGAAUCAAGUAAUGACAAAGGUAUGUUUACUCAAUUCUAAUGGAUUGGGUUUUUUUAGUAAACACUCAUUAUCUUCGUUAGUUCAUUUUAUUAUUCGUAGUAGUGAGAUUAAUACUCCAUGAAAAGCUCAAAAUGUGGCUUUGUUGUUAAAUGCUCCAUGAAAAGCUUUUCCAACCAACUUUUUAAACACUACUUUGAAGAAAACAUGGUCUUAAUUGUUUAGUAUUUCAUGAAAUAGAGUAGAAAAAAGGUAGGGGUUGAAGUCAUUAUUUUGUUGGAGUUGGUAGAAAAUAUCAAUCUAACCCCCUUUUAAAUACAUACUCAUUUGUAAUAUAUUUUUCCAAGGUAGAGAGGGAUGAAUUGAGUGACACGGUCGCUGUAGUAUGAGAUUAUUACAACACGACCUUUAAAGUGAAUGGAAGAGAGCAUAUUUCAAUUAAGACGAUGAUGGUUGAUCGUGGGGAUGAGUUCCUUUUUUAAAUUAUUAGUAUGAAUCUUACAUUCAAAUGGUUAGCGCAACUUUCUAUAGCUUUACUUUCAUUUAAUUUUGGAGCAAACGUGUUUCAAAUGCCACAGCCUAUUACAUGUAUUUUUUACUGACUGAAAUUAAUGUCAUUUUUAAAAAUUGUUUGAGAAGAUAGACCUUGCCCCUACUCGAAAGUAGAGAGGCUGUUUCCAACGAGACCCCCGGCUCAACGUCGAAAGUUGCAUUGCUUAACUAACUGCUACUUCAUUAAUUAAAGAAGCACAGACAGUUUAGAGAUCCAUUUUGAUUUAUUCCAUCACAUCCCAAAGCCAAAAAUGGUGAAAUUUUGGCUCCAUCCGAGAUGAUGGAAAUACAAUCUACUAUAGUUGUAAUCAAUGACAUGGGGUAGU